AUGAGCAAGACUUGCUCUGCGUGCAGGCACGUCCCGCUUCCCCUCCUCGUCCCUGCGCUCUAUCUCACCCUUUCUUCUCCUCCAGAAGCCGAAAAGUCCGAUGCGACGGCGUCACCCCGAUCUGCACUCCUUGUGCAAAGGCGCGACGCCCCGUUGACUGCUCGUACGCCACCGGCAAUUCGUCGCCCACUCCAAAAGGCCCUCUUCUGCAGAAAGGGAGCGCAUGCUACGCGUGCAGCGGGCAAGGAGCAUGAAUGCCAGUACGAGGAGAAUGUCCAACGCAAUCUGACUGAGGCGCUCAUGGCGCGCAACCGCCAGCUCGAGCAGCUCGUCGCACACUACGAGCAGUCCAGCCCCACGGCUUCAUCGCCAGAUCAGUCGAAUCCGGCUUCCCCAUUUAUUACUGCUGAGUUAAAUGAUUUCUUAUCAUCAGUGAACUCGUUGCAGCACUCGUCACUAUUCCCAUUCGUCUCCGCAAACAGCAAUGGCAUCCACGCGGGACUAUCUGCUCCUGGUCCCGUUUACAUGCUAAGUAGCCCCGAACCAGACACACCCUCGACAGAUAUCUCGUCACAGUCUGACCACUUCAGUCUGAACUCGCCGACGUUACAAGAGCUCUCCGAAUUCCGUUCGACGUUCCUUUCGCAUCAUGGGCAGCUGGGCGUUAGCUUCCCAGAACCCAAAAUGCGUGCUAUCCUGGACGGCGACAUAUCCGGCACUUACGCGCACCCGGUACUCAUUUACGUCGCGCAACUGAUGGGCUGUCGCCUCUGGCAGGAGCAGCACCGUACGGUUCUGAACACCCCAGUCGAGUUCAUUCAAUUGCAAUUCGUGGAACAGGCGCUACUGGAUGGACCGGACCCUGUGACAAGAUUGCAAGUCCACAGCGUGCUCGCUAUCUACUUCUUGAUCAAGCGCCAAAUGCACGAAGGCCGGGAUCAACUACUCAGAGGCGCUCAGACUGCCGUCCAGUACGGCCUCCGCUUCGACAGUCACACUUCAGAGGGCCUGCAGCCACUAGCGGACACCAGCGACAUUGCGCAAGAGCACAUUUGCGCCCUCAGCCAGUUGAUGUAUCUUGACAAGGCCGCGGCUAUCGUACUCAAUGACCCCUCGCUGCUGAGCGCCGAAUAUGAUCAGCAAUUCCGACGUUUACCCUACAUCUUCCCUACCAUCUCCAAGAACAACCUCGUCGUGCUGCGCGCGCGCAGCGUUGCGCUGCUUCAAGCUAGUCGGCAGCUGUCUGCGCGCUGGACCGAGUUCAUCAUGAGCCUCGGCUGCAUGCAGGACGUGACGUCGCCCACCACACAGAUGCAGUGGUAUGAGGAGUACUUCGAGUUGCUUGACGAUGUGUCCGAGCAGAUCUCGACGCUGACGCCGACAAUGCUCAAGACGAGCUUCUUCCACCACCGUGAGGAGACGCUCGCGCUGAAAAUGUGUCUUAUCAUCUCCCUGACGGCCGCCGCGGAGCUGCACCGUCUGCUCGCGUAUCAGCACCCUGAGUCGCGCGUGCGCUGUGUCGACGUCGUGUUUGAGAUUGUCGCGAUCACGAAGGGAUUGCAGGACGAUGACUACAUCUUCCUCGACCCGAUCCUUGGGACGUGCUGGUCGAUGGUCGCCACCGUGCUCAAUCAAGAGCGAAUAUCACCACUCGACGAGACGCUGGUCUUGCAGUGGAGGUCCUCCGUGACCGUCAUUCUGCACUCCGCGUCCAAACUGGGCCACACCCUCCCCUUCAUGGAAGACUCGAUGGAGACCAUCAACGGCGUCGCCUCCCUCGCGGAGGAGUCGCCGAAACCUAUGCCCGUGUCCGUAAUGUGA